CCCGCACCCUCGGGCCUCGAUUUCCCACCCUCCCACCCUCGCGCUCUCGCCUUCCCGUGCGUGGUGGCCGUCGAGCUGGCCGCGCUUGGGUCACCGUCGCGCCGGCCACGCUUGGGUCGCCGGCCUGUUGCUGCAGGAGUUGCGUCGUGCGGACGCCCUGCUCGCUGGCCUGGGUGGCCACGCGCUCCCGCCGCCUGUGGCCGGCCGCGCCUACUGCCCGCCUGGCCAUAGGGGCCUAGCCCGCCGCGCGCCGCCCUGGCACCAGCCGAGAGAGGCAGGGUGGUGUGGCUGCUGGAGAGGCUGCUGGUGGUAGCACUCGGGCAAGAGUAGCAGAGGAGGUGGUGAAGACGCUUGGAGCUGGACCGGAGGAGCCUGCUGGAAGGGAGAGGAAGGUGGAGGCGCCAAGGGACUGCUCGUGAUUUGGAGGAGGGAGAGAGAGCAGAGGAAGGAAGGGGGCAGGAAGGUGGAGGCGCCACAGGGCUGCUUGGGAUUUGGAGGAGGGGGAGAGAUCAGAGGAAGGAAGGGGGCGCUGGGAGGAUGGACAUGAGGCAGAGGAAGAGGAUGGGCAGCGGCGAUGGAUGGAAGAGGCUGAGGAAGUGAGGUGGUUAGGAUAACUUGGAGUUUUUUAAUAUAGAUAGUCAGAAAAUUUGAAGAGUGGGCACAAGUCACACCGCCGGGGCCUGACGAGGAAAGACGGGGCCCGAUCCGAAGCCCUCCAGCGCGGCGCCGCGCCGCCACGGCUAUGGAGUCCGACACCGAGCGAGACGUCCCCAUCCUCUCCCCCGCCCCAAACCCUAGCAGCCACCGCCAGCAAACCCUCCGGCCAGCCAAAUCCACGGCGUUCAAGCGCGAGGAGCGCCGCAAGCGCAAGGAGCGCAAGCGGCAGGAGCGUCUCGCCGACGAGCUCGCGCGGUGGGAACCUCUCGGCGCCCCGCCGCCCCGUCCGGCCGCCACCGGAUCCGCCAGCCCGCAGCCCGACAUACCGUGGCCGUGCGACCCGCCGCCACCUCCGCACCCGGCGGAAGCCGACUCCUGGAGUUGGGGCCCGCCCGCCGUACCCGCGCCCCAGCCCGCGGUCGAAGUGGCGGCGGCGGUCCCGUUGCACCCGCAGGCCACCGCCGUGAGGUCCUGCCGCGCGUUCUUCGAAGCGCAGAUCGAAGACGAGGAGGAGGAGGACGACGAAGGCAAUGCGGCUCGGUUCUUCGGCGAACUGCUGGGCGGCGACGCGGCGCUGAGGGGGUUGUACGAGGCGGAGCGGGAGAAUGGGCAGUUCCUGUGCCUGGUGUGCGAGGGGAGCGGCGCGAGGCUGGGCAAGAGGUUCGCGGGCUGCGCCGCUCUCGUGCAGCACGCCGGGUCCGUGGCCCGGACCAAGAGGAGGCUGGCGCACCGCGCGUUCGCCGACGCCGUCGGCCGGCUGCUCGGAUGGAGCGCAAGCCUGACCGCGCCGCCGCCGGCAAGCUCUGAAAGCGAUGGCGCUUCUGAUCAAGUCGACAACUCUCAAAGCGUAGAAAUGGAGGUACCCUGAUCGUAGAGCUUCAACCCCCUUGGUAAAGGGUAACAGGGGGCAACAUGCUUCAAGCAUCUUCACCUCGAUGAUCAUCACAUUGUUGAAUAUCCCGAGUUCGCCACUCGACAUCAUGGAUUGCUAGCUUCCUCCUAGUAGUAUUUACCUUUUGAAAUUGUCAGGAGUUCAGUGCCCAUUUUGUUUCAUAACUUGAAUUCGAAAUGACCUGAGAUUGCCUGUUCGCGUUACGUUGCGAACUGAUGCA